CUCCCCUUCCUUCUUCUCCCACCUUCUCUACUUUAUUACCUCCCUUUUAUCACUUAUCACUUUCUCUAUCUUUUCCUCUUUGAAUCCUCCUUUUAUAAUUCACGUACCCUGAAAAGAGUAGAAAGUCGUUCAUUUCUAUUCAAUAUUCAUCGACAAAAUCUCUCUCCCCUCAAAAUGCAGCGCUACAAGCCCUAUCAAAUCCUCAAAAACAUGUCCAACGACUGGGUAUCCAAGUUGAACCUGACAGAAUUGCAAACAUUCGGCAAGCAGUACGCUCCGAUCAAUGUUCUUGUCCUUUAUGGCUCUCUUCGGGAGCGAUCCUUCUCUAGGCUAUUAGCGUACGAGUUUGCGAGGAUCUUGGAUCGAUUAGGCGCUGAUGUUCGGGUCUUUGAUCCAACAGGAUUACCCGUCAAGGACGGCGUCUCAGAGAACCACCCUAAGGUUCAAGAGCUUCGAGAGCUGAGUCAAUGGUCUCAUGCACAUGUCUGGGUCUCACCAGAGCAGCAUGGUCAAAUCACUGGAGUAUUUAAGAACCAGAUCGAUUGGAUCCCACUAGCCUUGGGAUCCGUUCGACCAACUCAGGGACGAACGUUAGCGAUUGCACAAGUUAAUGGAGGAUCGCAGAGUUUCAAUGCCGUCAAUACGUUAAGGAUCUUGGGGCGAUGGAUGCGCAUGUUCACUAUCCCAAAUCAGUCAUCUGUACCCAAGGCUUGGACCGAGUUUGAUGAAGACGAUCGGAUGAAACCAAGUGAUUUCCGUCAGAGAGUUGUGGAUGUUGCAGAGGAGUUGUUCAAGUUCACGGUGAUCCUUCGACCCCAUACCGAGUUCCUGACGGAUCGGCAUAGUGAGCGAGAAGAAAAGAUGAAGAACCAAGGAAGACUGCUAUCUCAGGCUGAGAAGCUUCAAAUCAUUGCUAAAGAACAGAAUGCAACGAUUGCAGUGGCGGCGGUAGCAGAAGCUGCAUCAAUUGAACAAACAACAAAAGACGAAAGAGUAGAUGAUAAAGAGUGAAGCAAUCCGAUACACUUUUGAUUUAUAAUGCUUACUCCGAGU